CCCUUCCUCCCCAGGAUUCUCUGCCUCCUGCUCUGUGGGAGGAAAGGAGGGGCAGGAGGAGGUGGUCUCUCAGCUCUCUCUGGCUCAGCUCCUCUGUUCCCUGUUCUAAAGGCCUUUGGGCUCUGAGAUUCUGAGAUUUUCUCCUUAGGCUUCUUCCUGUCUCCCCCACCCCUAACCCAGCCUGCCUUCCACCUAGGCCGGCUUCUGGAAUUAAUGACCCCGUAGUCCUCAUUUCCUGUCACUGGGGACUGGGGACCGGGACAGGAGGUGGCUCUGAGACAGAGGGGAGGCUGGGACCAGCCACACAGCCUCCCAUUGUUUCAAGGCCCUUAUCUUCGGAAGUCUCAUCUGUAUCUACCUGCCAGGCCCCGGAGCUAGGACCCUGGACCUAAGGCCACGGGUCCCCUUCCUGUUCCUAAACUUAGAAACAGAAUGAACACGGGACAGAGGCUGACUGGGGUUCAGUCUGGGGCUAAGGACAAGGAGAUGUCUGGCGUUGGGGUCCAGGCUCAGUCUGGGGGUGACCAGCAGCCUGAGUUUGUGACAGAGGCCUCAGCUCAGGCUGGGGAUGGGAUUGAGGCUCAGUCUGUGUCCCUCACUGGGGCUAGGGCUGGGGUAAGAGCUCAGGCUCCAGCUAAGGCCAGUGGUCAGUUUAAGACUGGGACCAGGCCUCAGGCUUUGACUAGAGCCAGUCCUAAGCCCACAGUUAGGGUUAGGGCUCCGUCUGGGGAUAAUACAGUGAGGGUUCCUGGAGCCAACAUCCAGGGUCAGUCUGAAACCAGACUCAGGUCUCAUUCUGGGGCUGAGCUUAGAUCUCAGUCUGGGGAUGAGGCCACAGCCCAGGUUUUGGUUGGGGUCAGAGGUCAGUCUGGGGUCGAGGGCGGGUCUCAGGCCAUAGCCAAUUUCAGGCCUCAGUUUGAGAAUGGAGUCAGGGAUCUGUCUAGGCUCAGGGUCAAGCCUCAGUCUGGGAUCCACAUCAGUUAUAAGGAUGAGGCUAGGGACAAGAAUCAUUCUGGGCCUUGUGUCAAAGAUCAAUAUGGAGUCAAGGUUCAGCCCACAGACAGGGUCAGGGCUCAGUCUCUAACUGGAAUCAGGCCUCACUCUGUGGUACAGGCUCAGCCUAAAGUCGGAGUUAAGGCCCAAUCUGGAGUCAAGGCUCAGUCUGGGGAUAAAGCUCACUCCGGGGACAGGGCUCAGCCUGAGGUCAGGGCCCAAUCUAGGGCCAAGGCCCAAUCUUGUGUUGGGGCCUCAUCUGGGGAAAGGACUCCGUUUGGAAGCAAGAUUCAGUCCAAUGUUGGGGCCAGGGCUCAAUCUGGGGUCAGGGCUCAUUCUGGGGCUGGGGCUCAGGCUGCAGUCAGGGCUCAAUCUGAAGGCAAGAUUCAGUCUAGUUAUAGAGUUUUGGUUCAGUCUGGGAGCAAAACUCCAUCUUAUGCUGAGAUAAAGCCCGAGUCUACGAAUAAGAUUCAGUCUAAAGUUGGGAUCAAAUGUCCUUCUGGGGUCAAGGUUCAUUCUGAUGUCAGAGUCAGGAUUCAGUCUAAUGUUGGGAUUGAGUCCCGUUCUGGGGUUAGAGCUCAUUCUGAAGUUAAAGCUCAGUCUAAUGUGGGUGUCAGUCCUCAGGCUGAAGUCAGUGCUCAAUCUGGGGCUCCCUCUGUGCCCAGAGAUAGAUCUCCCUCUGAAAUCAGGGCUCAGUCUCUGGCUGGAGUCAGUGUUCAAUCUGGGGCUCCCUCUGUGCCCAGAGAUAGAUCUCCCUCUGAAGUCAGGGCUCAGUCUCUGGCUGGAGUCAGUGUUCAAUCUGGGGCUCCCUCUGUGCCCAGAGAUAGAUCUCCCUCUGAAGUCAGGGCUCAGUCUCCGGCUGGAGUCAGUGUUCAAUCUGGGGCUCCCUCUGUGCCCAGAGAUAGAUCUCCCUCUGAAGUCAGGGCUCAGUCUCUGGCUGGAGUCAGUGUUCAAUCUGGGGCUCCCUCUGUGCCCAGAGAUAGAUCUCCCUCUGAAGUCAGGGCUCAGUCUCGGGCUGGAGUCAGUGUUCAAUCUGGGGCUCCCUCUGUGCCCAGAGAUAGAUCUCCCUCUGAGGUCAGGGCUCAGUCUCUGGCUGGAAUCAGUGUUCAGUCUGGGGCUCCCUAUGUGCCCAGAAUUAGGUCUCGUUCUGAGGUCAGGGCUCAGUCUCUGGCUGGAGUCAGCAUUCAACCUGGGGCUCCCUCUGGGCCCAGAGUUAGAUCUCAUUCUGAAGUCAGGGCUCAGUCUCUGGCUGGAGUCAGCAUUCAAUCUGGGGUUCCCUCUGUGCCUAAAGAUAGAUCUCGCUCUGAAGUCAGGGCUCAGUCUCUGACUAGAGUAGAUGUUCAAUCAGGGGUUCCCUCUGUGCCAAGAGUUAGGUCUCACUCUGAAGUCAGGGCUCUGUCUCUUAUUGGAGUCAAUGCUCAAUCUGGGGCUCCCUCUGUGCCCAGAAUUAGGUCUCGCUCUGAAGUCAGGGCUCAGUCUCUGUCUAGAGUCGAUGUUCAAUCUGAGGUACCCUCUGUGCCCAGAAUUAGGUCUCAGUCUCUGACUGGAGUCAGUGUUCAAUCUGGGGCUCCUUCAGUGCCAAGAGUUAGAUCUCACUCUGAGGUCAGGACUUCGUCUCUUAUUGGAGUCAAUGCUCAAUCUGGGGUUCCCUCUGUACCCAGAAUUAGGUCUCGGUCUCUGACUGGGGUCAGUGUUCAAUCUGGGGUUCCCUCUGUGCCAAGAGUUAGGUCCCACUCUGAGGUCAGGGCUCCGUCUCUUAUUGGAGUCAAUGCUCAAUCUGGGGCUCCCUCUGUACCCAGAAUUAGGUCUCAGUCUCUGACUGGAGUCAGUGUUCAAUCUGUGCCUAGAGUUAGGUCUUACUCUGAGAUCAGGGCUCAGUCUCUGACUAGAGUCAAUGUUCAAACUGGGGUUCCCUCUGUGCCCAGAAUUAGGUCUCAGUCUCUGACUGGAGUCAGUGUUCAAUCUGGGGUUCCCUCGGUGCCCAGAGUUAGGUCGCACUCUGAGAUCAGGGCUCAGUCUCUGACUGGAGUCAAUGUUCAAACUGGGGUUCCCUCUGUGCCCAGAAUUAGGUCUCAGUCUCUGACUGGAGUCAGUGUUCAAUCUGGGGUUCCCUCGGUGCCCAGAGUUAGGUCGCACUCUGAGAUCAGGGCUCAGUCUCUGACUGGAGUCAAUGUUCAAUCUGGGGUUUCCUCUGUGCCAAGAGUUAGGUCUCACUCUAAGAUCAGGGCUCAGUCUCUGACUGGAAUCAAUGUUCAAUCUGGGGUUCCCUCGGUGCCAAGAGUUAGGUCUCACUCUGAAGUCAGGGCUCAGUCUCUGACUAGAACCAGUGUUCAAUCUGGGGCUCCCUCUGUGCCCAGAAUUAGGUCUCGCUCUGAAGUCAGGGCUCAGUCUCUGUCUAGAGUCGAUGUUCAAUCUGAGGCACCCUCUGUGCCCAGAAUUAGGCCUCGGUCUCUGGCUGGAAUCAGUGUUCAAUCUGGGGUUCCCUCUGGGCCCAGAGAUAGAUCUCCCUCUGAGGUCAGAGCUCAGUCUCUGACUGGAGUCAGUGUUCAAUCUGAGGCACCCUCUGUGCCCAGAAUUAGGCCUCGGUCUCUGGCUGGAAUCAGUGUUCAAUCUGGGGUUCCCUCUGGGCCCAGAAUUAGAUCCCGCUCUGAGGUCAGAGCUCAGUCUCUGACUGGAGUCAGUGUUCAAUCUGGGGCUCCCUCUGUGGCCAGAAUUAGGUCUCGUUCUGAAGUUAGGGCUCAGUCUCCCACUGGAGUCAGUGUUCAAUCUGGGGUUCCCUCUGUGCCCAGAAUUAGAUCUCGCUCUGAGGUCAGAGCUCCAUCUCUGACUAGAGUCAGUGUUCAAUCUGGGGCUCCCUCUGGGCCUAGAGUUAGGUCUCGCUCUGAAGUCAGGGCUCAAUCUCUGACUGGAGUCAGUGUUCAAUCUGGGGUUCCCUCUGUACCCAGAAUUAGGUCUCCCUCUGCAGUCAGGGCUCAGUCUCUGGCUCGAGUUAAUGUUCAAUCUGGGAUUCCCUCUGGGCCCAGAAUUAGAUCUCGCUCUGAGGUCAGAGCUCAGUCUCUGACUAGAACCAGUGUUCAAUCUGGGGUUCCCUCUGUGCCCAGAAUUAGGUCUCGCUCUGAAGUCAGGGCUCAGUCUCUGACAAGGGUCAGUGUUCCAUCUGGGGCUCCCUCUAUGCCUAGAAUUAGGUCUUGCUUUGAAGUCAGGGCUCAGUCUCUGGCUGGAGUCAGUGUUCAAUCUGGGGUUCCCUCUGUGCCUAGAUUUAGAUCUCACUCUGAGGGGGCUCCAUGUCUGACUAGAGUCAGUGUUCGGUCUGGGCUUCCCUCUGUGCCUAGAUUUAGAUCUCACUCUGAGGGGGCUCCAUCUCUUGCUGGAGUCAGUGUUUGGUCUGGGGUUCCCUUUGUGCCUAGAGUUAGGUCUCACUCUGAGGGGGCUCCAUCUCUUGCUGGAGUCAGUGUUCGGUCUGGGCUUCCCUCUGUGCCUAGAGUUAGGUCUCACUCUGAGGGGGCUCCAUCUCUUGCUGGAGUCAGUGUUUGGUCUGGGGUUCCCUUUGUGCCUAGAGUUAGGUCUCACUCUGAGGGGGCUCCGUCUCUGGCUGGAGUCAAUAUUCAAUCUAGGGCUCCCUCUAUGCCUAGAAUUAGGUCUCACUCUGCGGUCAGGGCUUCAUCUCUUGCUGGAGUCAGUAUUCAAUCUGGGGCUCCCUCUGUGCCUAGAAUUAGGUCUUACUCUGAGGUCAGAGGUCAUUCUAUGAUGAAAGUCAAUGCCCAAUCUGGUGUUCAUGUUGGGGCUCCUUCUGUACUUGGAGUCAGGCCUCGGACCCAGGGCAGGGCUCAUUCUUUGAUGGGAGACAGUGCUUGGUCUGGGAUUCAGACUAGGGUUCAGUCUGGGCCCAGGGUCCAGUCUCAGGCCCUGACCAGGACCUGUUCUUUGACUGAAGUCAGUCCUCAUUCUGGGAUUCAUCUUGAGAAGAAGUUUGUGACCAAGGCCAAGGCUCAAACCAAUCUCAAAGAUCACUCUGGGGCUGAGACUAAGGAGCAAUCUGUGCUGGAGAUCCAGGAUCAGUCUGGAUUGACGGCUUUAUCUAUGACUGGAACUGGUUCUCAGCCUGAAGCCGGGUUGGGGGUUCCAUCUAUGACUGAGGCCAAGAAUCAGCCUGAGAAAGAUAUCAGAGCUCAAUCAGAAGCCAGUUCUAGGGCUCAGUCUGAAGUUAGGACUCAGCCUAGAACCCUGGCUAAUGUUCAGCCUAAAGAAAGGGUCAAGGCUCAGUAUGGGCUCAAGGUCCAGGCUCAAUCUGAAGUCAGGACUCCGCCUAGAACCCUAGGUAGGACUCAGUUUAGAAAAGGAGUCAGGGCUCAGUCUGGAGCUAAGGUCAGGACAAAGUCUGGGCCCAGUGUCAAGUCUGGGUUCAGAGUGAAAACUAAACCUGCAGUUGGCAUCAGAGCUCAGCCUGGGAAAGAAGUUAAGGAAAAAUCUAAAGACAAAUCUAGAGCUCAGUCUGGUUUCAGGGUCAGUAAUAAAUCUGAGGUAGGGAACGGGGUUCAGUAUGGGGCUAGAGUGAAGGGUCAGUCUGGGGCUGGGGUGAAAACUCCUUCUGGGGCUAGAGUCAGGGCUCAGACUGGAACUGGGGUCAGAAUUCAGUCUGUGGGUGGGUCUGUGGCUGGGGAGAGGGCUCAGUCUGGGGCUGAGGAGAGGGUUCCGUCUGUGGCUGGGGAGAGGGUUAUGUCUGUGGCUGGGGAGAGGGCUCAGUCUGUGGCUGGGGAGAGGGCUCAGUCUGGGGCUGAGGAGAAGGUUCCGUCUGUGGCUGGGGAGAGGGUUAUGUCUGUGGCUGGGGAGAGGGUUAUGUCUGUGGCUGGGGAGAGGGCUCAGUCUGUGGCUGGGGAGAGGGCUCAGUCUGGGGCUGAGGAGAAGGUUCCGUCUGUGGCUGAGGAGAAGGUUCCGUCUGUGGCUGGGGAGAGGGUUAUGUCUGUGGCUGGGGAGAGGGCUCAGUCUGUGGCUGGGGAGAGGGCUCAGUCUGUGCCUGGGGAGAGGGCUCAGUCUGUGGCUGGGGAGAGGGCUCAGUCUGUGGCUGGGGAGAGGGCUCAGUCUGUGGCUGGGGAGAGGGCUCAGUCUGUGCCUGGGGAGAGGGCUCAGUCUGUGGCUGGGGAGAGGGCUCAGUCUGUGGCUGGGGAGAGGGCUCAGUCUGUGGCUGGGGAGAGGGCUCAGUCUGUGGCUGGGGAGAGGGCUCAGUCUGUGGUUGGAGUGAGGUCUCAGUCUGUGGCUGGGGAGAGGGCUCAGUCUGUGGCUGGGGAGAGGGCUCAGUCUGUGGCUGGGGAGAGGGCUCAGUCUGUGCCUGGGGAGAGGGUUAUGUCUGUGGCUGGGGAGAGGGCUCAGUCUGUGGCUGGGGAGAGGGCUCAGUCUGUGGCUGGGGAGAGGGCUCAGUCUGUGGCUGGGGAGAGGGCUCAGUCUGUGGCUGGGGAGAGGGCUCAGUCUGUGGCUGGGGAGAGGGCUCAGUCUGUGCCUGGGGAGAGGGCUCAGUCUGUGGCUGGGGAGAGGGCUCAGUCUGUGCCUGGGGAGAGGGUUAUGUCUGUGGCUGGGGAGAGGGCUCAGUCUGUGGCUGGGGAGAGGGCUCAGUCUGUGGCUGGGGAGAGGGCUCAGUCUGUGGCUGGGGAGAGGGCUCAGUCUGUGGCUGGGGAGAGGGCUCAGUCUGUGGCUGGGGAGAGGGCUCAGUCUGUGGCUGGGGAGAGGGCUCAGUCUGUGGCUGGGGAGAGGGCUCAGUCUGUGCCUGGGGAGAGGGUUAUGUCUGUGGCUGGGGAGAGGGCUCAGUCUGUGCCUGGGGAGAGGGCUCAGUCUGUGCCUGGGGAGAGGGUUAUGUCUGUGGCUGGGGAGAGGGCUCAGUCUGUGGCUGGGGAGAGGGCUCAGUCUGUGGCUGGGGAGAGGGCUCAGUCUGUGGCUGGGGAGAGGGCUCAGUCUGUGCCUGGGGAAAGGGCUCAGUCUGUGGCUGAGGAGAGUCAUUCUGUGGCUGGGGAGAGCCAAUCUGUGGCUAGGGAGAGGGCUCAGUCUGUGACUGGGGAGAGGGCUCAGUCUGUGGCUGGGGUCAGACCUAAGACUGGGACUGGGGUGUAA